GAGGAUGAGACGGUGGAACAUGUGGUGCUGGAGUGUGUGCAGUAUGCCAGAGACAGGAAUGAGAUGAUGCAAGUGAUACUGACUGAGUUAGGGCAUGAUAGGAAUGAAAGAGUGGAGAAGACAGGAAAGGAAUGGAUGGUGCUGUUGCUGGGACUGGGUAGAGAGGCCAAUGAAAGGAUGAUUGAGGCGGUGAAAGAGUUUCUGGAGAGAAUGUGGCGUGCCAGGUGUAUGAACAAUUAGGAUAGAGGAUGCUGUUCGUUUCUCUUUUUUUUUUUUCCCCUUUCUACAGGAGUUGCCGAUCCAAAGGCCUGGCUCAGGAGUGAUCCUGUGCCACCUGUACCAUCAAGAUCAAGAUCAACAAAGUACAAACAUACUCCCACAGUCCCACAGCCUGCCCUACACGACCCCAGCAAACACACAAGAACAAGCUAUAGAGCUACAUCGUCGCUAUACCCUUACAACUACAAGCUAUAGCAAACACCCACGUUGCCAUCAAGGCCCCAGGAGUGAUCAAGGCCCUCAACUUUAAUCACAAAAGGUAUCAUUCCAUGAACAUCCAACUUGUUUGUGAUGCAAAUAGAAUGAUUCUCAGCUUCUGUUCCAGAUUCCCAGGUGCUACAUAUGAUGCUUUUGUGCGGAGCAACUGUGAUCUGAAGCAGAAGUUUGAGGAAGGGGAGUUUGGCAACUUUUUUGCUUGUUGAUGAGUAUCUACAUUCAAAGUGCAUAACAGUGCACAGCUAUUUGUGAGCCAUGCAUUAUAUAUAAUAAUUCCAUUCACUGUCAGAACACUCAUCACUUCAGUGCCUACAAACUUACACCUACCUCAUGUAUGCAUUUCUAUAGAUUAUAAUAUUGUUUUUCUUCAAAUGGUUAGCAUAAAAAUGUUAAUGUUAUGUUAAAUUAGAAAGGAUAAAUUAGGUUAGGUUAAGGUAAGGUUAGGUUAUUAAAUGGCAGAAAAGUUUGGGCGACAACUUUUCCCAUUGACCUAACAAUUAAAUAACCUAACCUGCACUUGCCAAAAAGAUCAUUACUCUCACUGAGGUCUAAAGCACUGGAUCACAGGGUGCUGUGAACUUAUUAAACCCAGCUGUGAUCUCACUGAACGUUUCUCUUUGUGUCCCACAAUAUAAGUGGGCAGUCACAGCCUGCCCUCAAAAGAAAACUCUCUUCCUUCAUACAAAACUAUAAGCACCUAAUUACACACACCCUUCACUCAAAAUUCAAAAUCAUGGAGACUCCUACACCAGCCUUGGAGUCCCCAUCUGGGGAGGGGACCACAAAUGUCCACAGGUCAGACUGCUCUUCUGGCAUCAACCAUAAGUGUCUUGACAUCCCCCUCAACUCUUUCUUCAUUAAUUUUUGCAACAUUCGUGGUCUUUGAUCUAAUUUUCAAUCUGUAGAACAUCACCUCUCCUCUAAUAAACCUCAUCUUCUUUUCCUCACUGAAACACAGGUGUCGAAGGCAACUGACAGUAGCCCCUUUUCCGUUCCCUCCUACUUUCUCUAUCCUCAUUUUCAAUCCAAAGCUGGAUGUUGCAUUUAUGUGCGCAAUGACUUAACCUGCUCUUGUGCCCACGUUUUUUGGAUCUUCUGAGUUUUCCACCAUCUGGCUACAACUACAGAAUCACUCUCAAAACUAUCUUUUUUUUUUCCUUUUUUUAUGUAGGAGGUUCACUAACCAAGGGCAACAAAAAAUCCAAUAAAAAAAAAUGCCCACUGAAAUGCUAGCCCCAUAAAAGAGUCCAAAGUUGUAGUCAAAAAUUGAAGGAUAAGUGUCUUGAAACCUCCCUCUUGAAGGAAUUCAAGUCAUAGGAAGGUGGAAAUACAGAAGCAGGCAGGGAGUUCCAGAGUUUACCAGAGAAAGGGACGAAUGAUCAAGAAUACUGGUUAACUCUUGCAUUAGAGAGGUGGACAGAAUAGGGGUGAGAGAAAGAAGAAAGUCUUGUGCACUGAGGCCGCGGGAGGAGGGGAGGCAUGCAGUUAGCAAGAUCAGAAGAACAGUUAGCAUGAAAAUAGUGGUAGAAAACAUCUAGAGAUGCAACAUUGCGGCGAUGAGAGAGAGGCUGAAGACAGUCAGUUAGAGGAGGAGUUGAUGAAACAAAAAGCUUUUGAUUCCACCCUGUCUAGAGGAGCGGUAUGAGUGGAACCCCACCAGACACGUGAAGCAUACUCCAUACAUGGACGGAUAAGGCCCUUGUACAGAGUUAGCAGCUGGGGGGUGAGAAAAACUGGCGGAGACGUCUCAGAACACUUAAGUUCAUAGAAGCUGUUUUAGCUAGAGAUGAGAUGUGAAGUUUCCAGUUCAGAUUAUAAGUAAAGGACAGACCGAGGAUGUUCAGUGUAGAAGAGGGGGACAGUUGAGUGUCAUUGAAGAAGAGGGGAUAGUUGUCUGGAAGGUUGUGUUGAGUUGAUAUAUGGAGGAAUUGAGUUUUUGAGGCAUUGAACAAUACCAAGUUUGCUCUGCCCCAAUCAGAAAUUUUAGAAAGAUCAGAAGUCAAGUGUUUUGUGGCUUCCGUGCGUGAAAUGUUCAUUUCCUGAAGGGUUGGACGUCUAUGAAAAGACGUGGAAAAGUGCAGGGUGGUAUCAGCAGCAUAGGAGUGAUCGGACAAGAAGUUUGAUUUAGAAGAUCAUUAAUGAAUAAAAAGAAGAGAGUGGGUGACAGGACAGAACCCUGAGGAACACUACUGUUAAUAGAUUUAGGAGAAGAACAGUGACCAUCUACCACAGCAGCAAUAGAAUGGUUAGAAAGGAAACUUGAGAUGAAGUCACAGAGAGAAGGAUAGAAGCCGUAGGAGGGUAGUUUGUAAAUCAAAGCUUUGUGCCAGACAAUUCAUCGUUAUAUGAUAAUUUGCUUUUAUGAUCAUUCUUCUUUACUACCAUUUGCCCGCUAUGCGAUCGGUUAUGCUUUGCUUUUACAAUCACCCGAGUGUGUACUCACCCUGUCUACACUCGAGUGUAGCAGCAUUAGUUUGGGUGAAUGAUUGUAACGUCAUGAUGCUCCAGCAGCCAGUGUUUCCUGCACUCUCAUUGCGUUUGAUUGCUGUGUUGUGUUUGAAGUGCCCAGGAGUUAUCAGUGAUAUACAAAAUCAAUGACUUUUAUAUUAUCAACCAUGGCUUCAAAAAGCUGUAGUGGCUGGCUACACUGAUUGCUCAACCAAGGCCAAGAAAGCAAGGAGAAGCAUCAGUCUUGAAACAAAUUGGGGAUUCUGAGGCGGCAUGCUGGAGAAGAAGGGGUGAUUCACCUAUGGUCAUCUGCUAGUCACCCAGCCAGCUGUUCCCCUAAGGAAAGAGUUCAGGGCUCAUAGUGACUGAUCUUUGGGUAGGACCGAGACCACUUACACACCACACACUGGGACAGUGAGGUCACAACCCCUCAGGUUACAUCCCUUUCCUACUUGCUGCUAGGUGAACAGAGGCUGCACAUUAAGAGGGUCCCCCAUUUGCCUUGCUACACCCAGGAUUCGAACCCAGGCCUUCUUGGUUGUGAGUUGAGCAUGCUAACCACUACACUACGUGGUGUGUGUAAUGCCAUUUUGUUCUUGCUUGGUUUGGCUCAGUCAUCUGUCUCCACCAUCCACAAGAAUGCUGCCAGUAUCAGGAAAGCAGGUGAAGCUUGCACUAUGCUCAUGGCAAUGACGACCACCCGUCAGUGUGAGCCUAGAAUGGAUGAAAUGGAGCAUCUCAAGCUCUGGGUGGAUGACUAAACUCAAUGUCACAUGCCAGUCUCAAUGUCCCUUGUAUGUGCCUUGUCUAUUUGGAAGGAUCUCAAGAAGCAAGGAUAUGAGGUGAAGGAGGAGACAGUGUUUACGGCAAAUAGGGCCUGGUUUGAUAGGUUUAAGACCAAAGGAGCUCUACAUAACAUCAAAAUGACUGGUGAAGCAGCAAGCUCCAACAUGCCAACUGCCGAGGCCUUCAAACCAGUCUUGAAAGAGCAAAUAAUAAAUUUUGAUGAGAUGGGCCUGUACUGGAAGAAAAUGUCUUCCAGGACCUUCAUCACUAAGGAGAAGACAGCUCCAGGGUUCAAGGCCUCCAAGGAUCAUCUCUCACUGCUGCUUGGGGGUAAUGCAGUAGGGGAUGUGAAGCUAAAACUGAUACUCACUUACCAUUCAGAGAAUCCCUCCCCAUACACUGAAGGGCUUUAUUAAAGAUUACCUCCUUGUCAUCUGGAAGGCCAACAAGAAGGGAUGGUUGAUGACAUUACUCAGAGUUACAUCACCAAUUAUUUGUCACCCAUGCUAUGUGACUAUGCAGCUACCAAGAACUUGGCCAUCCACUUCCUGCUGGUUGUUGACAAUGUACCUAGCUAUCACCAGAGUAUGGAAGACUAGGCUGACAAUAUUCAAGUCAUGUUCCUCCUAAUGCAACUGCACUUAUUCAACCCAUGGAUUGGGGUGUUAUUGCCGCCUUCAAAGCUUACUACCAGCACAACACAAUGAAGCAACUCAUAACUGUAAUCAGUGGCGAAAGCAGGCCAACAAUAAAGCAGUUCUGGGCCAAGUAUAACAUUUAGAAGGCCAUAGAUAACAUAAAUGAGUCUUGGAUGGAGGUUAAGGAACAGACGGUGAAUGGGUGCUGGAGGCAGAUCUAGAUGUGACAGAUUUUAAAGGGUUUACUAAUAUGGCGGACAUCUUAUCGUGCACCUAUCACAUCUUGCUAGCUUCACUGAGGUCGAUGAAAAAGACAUGCAGGAUUUGCUGGAAUGUCAUGACCAGCCACUCUCCAACAAGGACCUCAUGCAGCUGCAGCGAGAGAGAGCAGUCACUAAGGAAUAGGAAGAGGAAGAGAAGCCUGGACCACAAAGAGGACUGGACAUCAAAACACUCUGAGAGGUGUUCAAUGGCAUAGAGCACAUCUUGGAGCUCCUCAAGGAAUGUGAUCCAAACCCUGCCAGGAAUGGAACAGCCAUUAAUGUCAUAGAUAAGCCUCUCAAGGUGUAUUGGGAAAUUUAUGAAGAAGGCAGGCAAGACAGCUCACCAUCUCCAGCUACUUCAAGUCAUCUGCCAGCCCAGUCAGUCCUGUCACCAUCCAAGCCAACCCAGUCAGCCCUGCCACCAUCCAAGCCAACCCAGCCACCCCUGCUGCCAGCCCAGACAUCCCAGCCACCUCUGCCACCAGCCCAGUCAGCCAUGCCACCAGCCCAGCCAGUCCUGCCACCAACCCAGCCACCUCUGCCACUAUAAGCCCACCUAUCCUUGCUAUUGUUGGGCCAUCAACCUCUUCUGCCAAUUAUAAUAAUAAUAAUAAUAAUAAUAAUAAUAAUAAUAAUAAUAAUCAUCAUUUAUUAUUUAUUUGCCUUCAAAAGAAGAUACAUAGGACACUAUAAACAUAUUUCACAAGAAAAGAAUAUAACAAAAUUAAUUUGAGACUAAAAAACAGUUUAAAGAUUACAUUGUUAUAAAAUUUAGAGUAUUAAAAGAAAGGAGUCAAUUAUAAGUAUAUAUGGGAAAUCUUACAACUACCUAAACAAUUUCAAAAUUAUACAUAGAAUAAAACAUGAAUUUUUAAAUUAUACAAAUAAGUUAUUUUGAAAUUACACUAUCACGAGACUAAAAUGGACCAAGUAUCAAAUUUAAAACAUAACUGUCAAAUGAAUUUUCACUUGCCAGAAGGGCACAGAUACUGUCAGAUAACCCAUCAUUAUCAAAUCUUUGAUGUUUUAUUUCAUAUUUGCCCUUCUUUGCAUAGCUAGAGUCAAAUAGGUAUUUCAUAAAGUUUACAUUGUACUUUGAACAAAUGUCCCUCGCUCUUCCAAGUAAGCCUGUUGAAUUGAAUUCCCUUUCAUUCAAAACUUUAUUAUAGCAAUAUAUAUAAAAGCAUCUUGCUCUUGAGUUAUUCUGAAAAAUCUGGCCUGAUAGGUCAAUAUUCAUUACAUCCACCGUAGACUCCAUUGAGGGUAUCCUUAAGGCUUUCAAUAAGGGUUUACUUCUACAGUAUUUAUGUAGUCUGAGUCCAUGCAAGUUUUCCUUGCGUGGACUCUGACUCAUUCAUACGUCUUUUAUCAAUCUUAACAGUAUUCAAUCCGUGUGUCAUUACAGGCCUAAUUGCAGUUUUUCAGACAUAAGGAGCUGUGUCAACAUUAGUUUCCAAGUUGCACAACCCUGCUCCUUGUAAGGCGUAAAAUGCUUUUCUGCAGGCACUAUUGCGUUCAUUCACAUGAGUGUGAGGUUUUCUAUGGGAAAGAUUCACUCCCAUGUAUUUCAACACAUCACAUUCUUUCAAAAUAUCUCUAUUUAGGUGCCAUACAGGAUGCUCUGUAAAAUAACAUUCCCAGAAUAUGAUACAUUCAGUCUUGCUGAAAUUAAAAGACAAGUCAUGAUUGCUUACAUACUCAUUAGAAACCUCAAUCAUUUGCUGCAGACCUGUGACAGUUAGACUACAUAAAAGAAUAUCAUCUGCAUAACAAAAAUUCAAGCCCCUCUUUCACAGUAGACCUCUUCCUCAUCUCAGGUGAUGGGAAUGAUGAGUGAACACACAGAGGCCCUGGAUGUCCCUUAGCCUCAGAGGGGACAUUAGUGCAUGGGUCCUCCAGCCUCAGUGGGGGGGGAGGGACAUAUGGACUCGACACUACAGUGGGAACAACCUGGCAUCUUCAGCAUGACGGCCCCAAAAUAGAUGUUUGAAUGCAGUCACUUGAUGCAGUUCCCCACAGCAACUAUAACAUAGCUUAUAUCAACCAUCAACAUGGCGGAGUCUUCAUCUAACAAGAAGCCAAAAACUGUGGACUUUGAACUUUGCUUCAUUUGUCAGCUGAGGAGCAAACAAAUAGAUUAUACAAACUAUGUGCUUCACCCAUCUUUGCAUUCUAUAGGGAAACUAAUUAUAUCAACUGAUUUUCGAUGUUCAUACGGGGAAACAGAGUUCUCUGCAUUAAAGGAUCGCAUAAGUGGUUUGUCUGCUGAUGAACUGCUUCAGAAAAGUGUUUCCUACCACAAGACAUGCUACAAGGAUCUCACAAAUAAAACACACAUUGAACGAGCAAAAAGGAGAUACGAUAAGGGACAAGCAAGUGCCAGUGACGUAAAACAGAAGAGAAAAGGACGACCAUCAAAAUCCACAUCUACCUGUACUUCUACAUCACGACCUACAUGUACCAGAAGUCAGAUUUUCGACAAGGAGAUGUGUGUCUUUUGCCAAGAAGAGAGAGCAGAUAAUUUGCAUGAUGUCUCAACUGAAAACAUGGGAGCUCAACUCAAGACAAUUGGCCAACAGACAACAAAUGAACACUUGAAAGUCAGACUGAGCAAUGUUGUUGUAUCGUCCGAUCUAUUAACAGCAGUUGCAGAGGACAUGAAGUAUCACCUGAUGUGCUUAAGCCAUGCAAAACGAGACAUAGAAAAGGCUAAGAGACAAAUCCCAAAAGAUCAUAUUAAGUUCGCACAGUUAGUAUCUGAUGUAGAAAUACUUGAUCUGGUGGAAACAGAAAUUAACAACUCAACUCAUGAAUCUGUUUUGAAUAUGAACGACAUUGAAAAAUCUUAUGUGUGUUUGCUGGAAGCAAACGGGUUUACUUUACCUGAUUAUCCGCGAUACAAACCAUACCUAAAACAACUGAUUUUGGACAAUAUUCCUGAUGUGCACUUCACCAGACCUCCAGACAAAACAAAACCAGAACAAAUACUUUCUACAAAGCACAAGGAAACCCUGUUAGCUGGUGCUCUUUCCAAUGACCCAAAAGACCUAAAAGAUGAUGUGAAAGUCCUUCUGAAAGCUGCUAAAAUCCUGAGAAAAGACAUUGCAAACGCCCCUCCAUGGAAAUUUCAAGGAUCAUUUGAUAAUUAUGAACCACCGCCUUUGCUCCAAAUCUUCUGCAAAUAUGCUAUCCAAGGUGUACAUGAAAUUAAAAGUACCAGCAGAGCAGAAUCUAUAAAACAAAGUGCAUCUAUACUGGCACAGCAUUUCGUGUGUGCAUGCAAGACUAAUCGGCAGGUUACAUAUGAAACAAAACACGAAGACAUCACUUUCAAACACCGAACCGAAACUCCGAUGUUUGAACCCACCAGCUCCUGAGGCAGUACUGAACCUAAUAAAGUGCGGAUGCAAAUGUGGAUGUGAAGGAAUGUGUAGUUGUCGCAAAAACAAUAUCCCAUGUACAGAAGUCUGUGGAUGUUGGGUUUUCACUUGCAACAACAAAACAAGCCAACCAGAGAUAAAUGAGGAGUGUGAAGACUUUUGAUGUCCACUGUAAAAACUAUACCUAUACACCAUGUAACAUAGCCAUUUUGGACAUCAGCUUGAAAUUAUGCAUGUAAGUCACAACUUUAGCCUAAAUUUAAUGAUUCCAUUGGUUUUCGUGUGUCAGAAUACCUAUAUUUAGAUACUUUAUUUGUAAUUAUAUCAUGUGUACUAGCGAAGAUAUUGAAUUAUUGCUAAACGGCGGCCAUCUUGGACGCCAUCUUGAAUUUCGGACCCUUAGAAUGUGAAGAAAAAAUGGCACCCUAAUUUUUUUUGAAGCUUAUGAUAUAUUCUUUCAAAAUCAA